AUGGAGUGGGUUAAGAAGUUUCUAUGGAAGUCAGUCAUUUGCCGAUUUGGUUUUCCCCAUACACUUAUUGUUGACAACGGAAGUCAUUUUGCAAGUACCAAUGUAUGUGAAUUUUUCCAAUCUCAUGGAAUAAGGCUCAUUUUCACAUACAUCGAGCAUCCUCAAUCAAACGGACAAGUUGAAGCAGCUAAGAAGGUGGUCCUAUAUGGAAUAAAGAAACAAUUAGAAAAAACUUGGACUUCAUGGAUUGAUGAGCUCCCUCGAAUAUUAUGGUCAUAUUACACCACGCCUCACUCUUCCAUUCACGAACCUCUUUUUACUUUGGUUUAUGAAGCAGAUGCAAUGAUUCUUAUUGAGAUUGUAGAACCUACUUUUCAAGUAGACUUCUUCAAUGAAGAAAGAUCGGAUAAUGAUCAAAGAGCUUAUUUAGAUACUACAAAAGAAGUCUAA